GUAGAUUAGAUUAUGGACAAUUGCCCAAGUUCAUGCAUAUCUGCAUAACUGCCCCAGAAUGUACAAAUUCCCGAGUCAGCAUCACGUGUACCCCUAGGGGGCCGAGGCCCCCUGUCCCGACAACAAGGACGAACGAUUGUGAUCGUGACGAGUGAUUGAUGAUCGGCCCGCUCGGCAUGAGUUGAACACUUCUGUGGGGAACUCAAUUCGUCAAUCGCAAUUCUAUCCUUUGUAAUAUCUCUGCCUCUCCUUGUCAACUUGAAGCCGAGUCCGAGCCUUCCGAUUCAAAGCCCCCUGAACAAAAGAACAUCACUGUCAGGCAGGAGUAUAUUUGCUUAUCGCUUAUCAGCUCACCUCAGCUGAAAGCAACAUCAUCCAGCAUCCAGCAAUUGACUGUCUGCUCUGACAGACGAAGAAAUCACAUUCUUCUGCUCCCUUUCCGAUCCAUCAGAAUGUCGACCGUUCUGUCUACACUUCAGGCUGGGGGCCUGCGUGAACUACUGUCAGCCGUGGGUUCGUUGGCGACGUGGAAAACCUUGGCCUUGAUUCUGGCCUUUAUCAACCUUAAGAGCCUCCCAUUUGUUUGGCAUUUCCGCCUGUUGUACCAUUUUUUGGUCAACCUACGCUUAAAGCCCAGCGCUCCCUUCUUCCCCAAGGGCAAAGCUAUCGUGGAUGUGCAGGGCAAUCCCACACAUCCGGUCUUCGUGUCAUGUGGGAUCACGUCACGGACUCCGCUGCUAGAGACGGACUAUAACAUGCACAAGUCCAACAGCACCUACUUCACAGACCUAGAUGUGUCGCGUACAGCACUUGUGAGCCGACUCUACAGCCCUGGCGUCGGCCUCGUGAGCAAGGAACUAGACAAAGAGUUCUCGGAAGCUGCUAAGAAGGAAGGCAAGCGUGCACCCAAGCGUAAGCCGAUCAUAAUCGUACUUGGAUCUGUAUACUGCAGCUUCAAGCGCGAGAUCAAGCCCUUUGAGUUGUACGAGGUGCACUCAAAGGUGAUCUCGUGGGAUAAGAAAUGGAUGUACAUUCUAUCUUCUUUCAUGCGCCCGGCUAGCCGAGCUGGCGGUGAGAAAACGUUGCUCGCUACGGCUCUGAGCAAGUAUGUAGUGAAGAAAGGGCGACUGACGGUUGCGCCGGAGCGCAUCUUACGUUUGGGCGGAUUCCUACCCACGCCACCCGUCGGAGACCAAGCCUUAAGCGUGGCAGACUCGUCGACAGAUGCCUCGGCGAUUGGCACCCCGGCUAGUGGUGAAGGGAUCACCGCUACUGGAGGUGUGGAUGGUUCGCUCGUGCGGGAAGUUCUGAAGUUGAAUGAUGAUCAGAUUCCUACUCGUGAGGCUCUCGAGGAGCAGCAGAAGGCCAACUCGAACUCAUGGAGCACCGAGGAAUGGACAUGGGAACGCAUCGAGCAGGAGCGGCUACGGGGGCUGGCAGUUGUUGAUGGAUAUAUCAACCUGGAUGAGAAGCUCAAUGGGGAGUGGGCCUAAUAAUCAAUAGAAUGCGAUCUUUCGAGAUAGACCUUACCAUAUAAUGAAAAUCACAUAUUUUUUCAGAUGCAAUGGCUCACAUGCAC